CAUAGGCAGUGUGGCAUCACCGGCAGCCACGGUUUAUAAACAAACAUUGAACGCAUACACGAAGUACGGAAAAACUGGUUAAACACCCCACAGCCCCGCAAUCUAAUCGCUGCGAUUCUCCGUGUUCCGCUCCGCCUCGCCCCCGCAACAGAACCGAAGCCCAUAAAAUGCUCAAGAUCGCCGCCGAGGGAAUCGCGCCACGUCUAGUGGCCUGUUGCUCCAUGGGAGCCACCAGUGCCCAGAGCAGCUGCCAAAGGAUCGCGCCCCAGGCGGCCAAGGCCACCCAGAAGUACCUGUCGCAGUCGCAGCACCUGCUCAAGAAGCUGGUCAUCAAGGAUCACUACGAGUUCGAUCAGAAGGUGAUCAACAGCGACAACCCGGUGAUCGUGAACUUCCACGCCGAGUGGUGCGAUCCCUGCAAGAUCCUCACGCCCAAGAUGCUUGAGCUGCUGGAGAACUCGAACGAAAUCGACCUGGCGGUCAUCGAUGUGGAGACGAACCUUGAUCUCGUCGAGACCUUCGAGGUGAAGGCGGUGCCUGCUGUGCUGGCCUUCAGGAACGGCGUCGUGGUGGACAAGUUCAUUGGGCUGGUGGACGCCAACAGCAUCGAGACGCUGAUCGACAAACUGAAGCGGAAGCAGCAGCAGAAGCAGUAGCAGUAGCAAAAUGGAUGUGGAUGGAUUGGUGGGUCUGGGAGGUAAUGAUUUUACACGUGAAACGGGAGACUGUAACUGCGAUAAAGCCCAAUGCAGGAAUUGCAAUCGUCGAUGCUGAAAGAAUGUGCACAAAAUACUUUAUUAUGCAAUAAAACUAAUAUUAAUUAUGGCUAUGUUUAACUUACA